UCCCGGGAGUUGCGAGCUUGGGGGCCGCCGCGGCCGCCCGCCCUUAAAGGGCCCGCGCCCCGGAAAACGCGCGGUGCCGCGCCGCGCGGCGUCGGGUCGCUGCCACCUUUCACGCUCCUCACCCUCAGACCCUCCUCCCUUCCCGGCCGCCCCCGCCGCCGGCUUCCCUCCCUGCCUCCCUCCCUCCCCUUUCCCCGGCGUCUCCUAGCUCCCAGCAACCAGCCGCCCCCGGGCUCUCACGGCCCCGGCCGGAGGCCGCGGGGUCUCGGGGCCGCGCUCAGCCCCUCGCGAGCUGGUCCGUACCCCACACCCUCCCCUCCCUCUCCUGCUGCCCCUCCCCGCCGGGCCCCCUGGGAGCGUACCGGGCUCCGGGGAGGGGACGUUUCCUAAUCUCAGGCCGGGGUUAAAGUUCUGGUCCUGGUGAGAUGCUGGAAGCUGCGGCCAGAGCCGCAACCCGUCCCGGAGGAGUCCUGUCGCCUGUCGCCGUCCCCGCCACCGCCGCUGUCGCCGCCGCCACUGCCGCCUUGCCGGGGCCAUGUUCGCUCUGGGCUUGCCCUUCUUGGCGCUCUUGGUGGCCUCGGUCGAGAGCCAUCUGGGGGUUCUGGGGCCCAAGAACGUCUCGCAGAAAGACGCCGAGUUUGAGCGCACCUACGUGGAUGAGGUCAACAGCGAGCUGGUCAACAUCUACACCUUCAACCACACUGUGACCCGAAACCGGACAGAAGGCGUGCGUGUGUCCGUGAAUGUCCUAAACAAGCAGAAGGGGGCUCCUUUGCUGUUCGUGGUCCGUCAGAAGGAGGCUGUGGUGUCCUUCCAGGUGCCCCUAAUCCUGCGAGGGCUGUAUCAGCGCAAGUACCUGUACCAGAAGGUGGAGCGGACUCUGUGCCAGCCCCCCACCAAGAAUGAGUCCGAGGUCCAGUUCUUCUAUGUGGACGUGUCCACCCUGUCACCGGUCAACACCACCUACCAGCUCCGGGUCAGCCGGAUGGACGACUUUGUGCUCAGGACUGGGGAGCAGUUUAGCUUCAAUACCACGGCAGCCCAGCCCCAGUACUUCAAGUAUGAGUUCCCGGAGGGAGUGGACUCAGUGAUUGUCAAGGUGACCUCCAACAAGGCCUUCCCCUGCUCAGUCAUCUCCAUCCAGGAUGUCCUGUGCCCUGUCUAUGACCUAGACAACAACGUAGCCUUCAUCGGCAUGUACCAGACUAUGACCAAGAAGGCUGCCAUCACUGUGCAGCGCAAAGACUUCCCCAGCAAUAGCUUUUACGUGGUGGUGGUGGUGAAGACCGAAGACCAGGCCUGCGGGGGCUCCUUGCCUUUCUACCCCUUUGUAGAAGAUGAACCGGUUGAUCAAGGGCACCGCCAGAAAACCCUGUCAGUGGUGGUAUCUCGAGCAGUCACAUCGGAGGCCUAUGUUGGUGGUAUGCUCUUUUGCCUGGGCAUAUUUCUCUCCUUCUAUCUGCUGACCAUCCUCCUGGCCUGUUGGGAGAACUGGAGGCAGAGGAAGAAGACGCUUCUGGUGGCCAUGGACCGAGCCUGCCCAGAAAGCGCUUCUCUCCUUGGUCACCCUCGGGUGCUCGCCGACUCCUUCCCUGGCAGCUCCCCUUAUGAGGGCUACAACUACGGCUCUUUCGAGAACAGUUCCGGGUCCACAGACGGCCUGGGUGAUAGCACGGGCACCGGAGACCUGUCCUACAGCUACCAGGGGCACGACCAGUUCAAGCGGCGCCUCCCCUUUGGCCAGAUGCGGCAGCUGUGCAUUGCCAUGGAUCGCUCCCUCGACCCCGUGGGCACUCGGCCUCGCCUGGACUCCAUGAGCUCUGUGGAAGAGGAUGACUACGACACGUUGACGGACAUCGAUUCUGACAAGAAUGUCAUUCGCACCAAGCAAUACCUCUACGUGGCCGACCUGGCACGCAAGGACAAGCGCGUCCUUCGGAAGAAGUACCAGAUCUACUUCUGGAACAUCGCCACCAUUGCGGUCUUUUAUGCGCUUCCGGUGGUGCAGCUGGUGAUCACCUACCAGACGGUGGUGAAUGUCACUGGAAAUCAGGACAUCUGCUACUACAACUUCCUCUGCGCCCACCCGCUGGGCAACCUCAGCGCCUUCAACAACAUCCUGAGCAACCUGGGGUACAUCCUGCUGGGGCUGCUCUUCCUGCUCAUCAUCCUGCAGCGGGAGAUCAACCACAACCGGGCCCUGCUGCGCAACGACCUCUACGCCCUGGAAUGUGGGAUCCCAAAGCACUUUGGCCUGUUCUACGCCAUGGGCACAGCGCUGAUGAUGGAGGGGCUGCUUAGUGCCUGCUAUCACGUCUGCCCCAACUAUACCAACUUCCAGUUUGACACGUCGUUCAUGUACAUGAUUGCUGGGCUGUGCAUGCUGAAGCUGUACCAGAAGCGGCAUCCGGACAUCAACGCCAGUGCCUACAGUGCCUACGCCUGCCUGGCCAUCGUCAUCUUCUUCUCCGUGCUGGGCGUGGUCUUCGGCAAAGGGAACACAGCGUUCUGGGUCGUCUUCUCGGUCAUUCACAUCAUCGCCACCCUGCUCCUCAGCACACAACUCUACUACAUGGGCCGCUGGAAGCUGGACUCGGGGAUCUGCCGCCGCAUCCUCCACGUGCUCUACACAGACUGCAUCCGGCAGUGCAGUGGGCCCCUCUAUGUGGACCGCAUGGUGCUGCUGGUUAUGGGCAACAUUAUCAACUGGUCACUAGCUGCCUAUGGGCUCAUCAUGCGCCCCAAUGAUUUCGCCUCCUACUUGUUGGCCAUUGGCAUCUGCAACCUGCUUCUCUACUUCGCCUUCUACAUUAUCAUGAAGCUCCGCAGCGGGGAGCGGAUCAAGCUCAUCCCGCUGCUCUGCAUCGUGUGCACCUCCGUGGUGUGGGGCUUCGCGCUCUUCUUCUUCUUCCAGGGACUCAGCACCUGGCAGAAAACGCCCGCCGAGUCCCGGGAGCACAACCGUGACUGCAUCCUCCUCGACUUCUUUGACGACCACGACAUCUGGCACUUCCUCUCCUCCAUUGCCAUGUUUGGGUCAUUCCUGGUGUUGCUGACGCUGGACGACGACCUUGACACCGUGCAGCGGGAUAAGAUCUACGUCUUCUAGCGGGAGCCAGGCCCCUUGCUUUACUCACGGGGGGG